CUUCCUGCAGACACAGAGCUAGGAGAGUUUAAGUUGCUUGCUGCUGUUGGAGUGGAUUAAAGUGUAUCAGAAAUGGGGUGGGUGCAAGUGGUUGUGUUUUGUGCAUUGCUAGUUUCUUCUGAUGGCCUUAUCAGAAUUCCACUGACGAAGUUCCAGUCCAUCCGAAGGGCACUGACUGAAGCUGCAGGUUCCAUUGAUAGCCUUGUUGCUGCUGGUGAACCCAGCCCUGACAAGUACACGGAAUCACCUCAAAAGGAGGCGGAGACUCCCGAAAUACUCACCAACUACUUGGAUGCUCAGUAUUAUGGCAAGAUUGGUCUCGGCACCCCACCACAGCUGUUCAAUGUGGUCUUCGACACUGGGUCAUCCAACCUCUGGGUUCCAUCCUCCCAGUGCUCCUUUUUUGAUAUUGCCUGCUGGAUUCACCACAAGUACAAAUCAAGCUUGUCGAGCACCUAUGUGAAGAAUGGUACAGAAUUUGCUAUUCACUAUGGCAUUGGGAGCCUUUCAGGAUUCCUCAGCCAAGAUUCUCUAACGAUUGGUGACAUGGUGACUCCAAAGCAGGUUUUUGGGGAGGCGGUUAAACAGCCUGGAAUUGCAUUUGUUGCGGCAAAAUUCGAUGGGAUCCUCGGCAUGGGCUAUCCCACGAUAUCUAUCGAUGGUGUCCUGCCUGUCUUUGACAACAUGAUGAAACAAAAGCAACUGGAGAAAAAUAUCUUCUCUUUCUACCUGAACCGGAAUGUGAGUACACAGCCUGGAGGGGAGCUGCUGCUGGGAGGCGUGGAUUCUAAGUAUUACACUGGAGACUUUCACUAUCUCAAUGUCACUCGCCAAGCCUAUUGGCAGAUAAAGGCUGACCAGGUGACUGUAGGAAAUCAGCUGACCCUGUGUAAGGACAGUUGCCAGGUGAUAGUGGAUACUGGAACGUCACUUAUUGUCGGGCCAGUGGAGGAGAUAAGAGCUCUUCACAAAGUUAUUGGAGCCAUGCCUUUGAUUCGGGGAGAGUACCUGAUCGACUGUGCGAAGAUUCCCAGUCUGCCUGUUGUCACCUUCAAGCUGGGCGGUAAAAAAUUCACCCUGACAGGAGAGCAGUACGUGAUGAAGAUCAGCAAGUUUGGCCAAACUAUGUGUCUCAGCGGAUUCAUGGGCAUGAACAUCCCUCCUCCAGCUGGGCCACUCUGGAUUUUGGGCGACGUUUUCAUUGGCGGCUAUUACACAGUCUUCGACCGUGCCAGUAAUCGCGUGGGCUUUGCUGAAGCUGUGUAGCAUGUUCUCCAAACAGAAGGGGCAUUCGCCCACACCAUGUCCGGGACAAUGUCCCUUUCCCCACUUUUAUUUUUUCUUUUUAAAUUUGCGUGGGCCUGAUUUAGGAAACUGUAAAGGAAAUUGAUGUAGCUUAUUCCUUAUUGACACCCCUGCUUAACCGUGACCUGACUACAGUUCUGUAACCCUUGCCUUGCUGAACGAACACCACCUUGGUAUGUUUGUGCAGUUGUUCUUUUCUCUCUCAGUAGAGCGGAGGUCUAAGCUGGUUUGCCAGGGGGUUUUAAGCAGUAAUGUGAUUUUUCUGCCCCAAAACUGCCUCUGAAAUCAUGAGAUUUCAAAGCCCCUUGCAUUCUGAUCCUUCAGUGAAAGUGCAGACUCCUCAGUGCUCUGUAGCAUUAUCCCUCUGGGUUCUGAGGAGCUAUCAAGGUCUUUUGAGGACCCACUUCAUUCUGUGUGUACAGGGCAUCACUUUGUUACUAUCUUGGACUGAUACCAUCUUUGCCCAGUGACACCCAUGUGCUUAUUUGCUCUUCCAUUUGUUCAGAGAUGUCUAUUGGUCACCUCAUGUGGGUUGUCACAAUAGCAGCUUGGUUUUGGACUGUUCAAUAUGUUCAGCUCCCUGGUUUGGCGGGGGGGGGGGGGGGGGGGCAGCGAGAGUGGACUGUAGUCAGUUUAUUCCCACUCAUUCUUUGUUAGGAGAGGGUGAAAAUAUUUGUCCUGAGUCAGAAUUGGGUCCCGUAGACUUAAGCAGUUGCUUUGCAUAUCAGGUUUCUGUCAGAGUUUGACAAAGCAACAGGGACUCCCUCUUGUUUUUAAAACCGAUGAAUGUAAAUGCCACAUGAAGGAUUAGUUAGGUUAAUCAUCCCAGCCAUACUGUUACACCCUGCUGUGAGAGAGAUAAUGGACUCUUCUCUCAUCCAUUCUAUCUUGUACAUCUCUAGAAGCUGCAACUUUGAUCAAUCACUUGAUGAUACAGACCUUGAAAUGUCACUGAAAAGUGAGGCAUGUUGCCACAUCAGGGCAAAUGCAAGAUGUCAAAUUUUCAAACGGUCGUAAUAAUUUCUUCUUCAGAUUUAAUGUUGGUGCAGUUUGUGUUGCUUUCUCCCACUGCAGGUGUUGCUUUUCCCUACAGUGUAUGUAGUUUAACGUUCUAGUGUUCUGACUGUUGGUUUAAAAUGUGGCACUUUUGCAUUUGUCUCGAUCAGCGCAAGGUGAAAAGCUUGGGCAAUAUGCCUACCUCUUCAGUAAUAGCUUACUUCCUUGGUCCUUCUAUUGAGUGGCUUAGGCCAUGACUACUUCCUUCACUGGCUCUUGCUGGUCUCCUCCUCCCUCAUCAUUCAGUGGCUCAUUACAAAAGGACUAUCUUCAGGGUCUCGGGGACCCUGGUCUGUGGGACUCCUAGCUGUUUGUUCUCACUUUGUUAUUGACAGUACUGAAUGAAGGGAAACGAGAUGUGACUUCACCCAAUGUAGAAAAUCUGCCUGAGAAUUUCACUACGUGUUAACCUGAGGUGGGGUGGUGACCAGGGAGGGAGGGGAGUUGGUAACUGGUGGGGAGAAGGGGGUUGGGCGGGUAGUUUGAUGACCGAAAGGUUGGUUUGGUGGGUGAAGAGAAAGGAGGGGGUUUCACUGACUGGUGGGGUAUUGAGGAGCAGGGGUAGUUUGGUAGUGACUGGUGAAGCAGUAACUGUCUAGAUAUCUCCAACCGUGCACACUGUAUCACAGGCUGUACUGGGUUUAGCAUAAUCCCUAUUCAAAGUUUGAGAGAAGAUUUGUAGCUCGGGUGCUCGUUGUUGUGGUUCUGUUCGCCGAGCUGGGAAUUUGUGUUGCAGACGUUUCGCCCCCUGUCUAGGUGACAUCCUCAGUGCUUGGGAGCCUCCUGUGAAGCGCUUCUGUGAUGUUUUUCCUCUGGCAUUCAUAGUGGUUUGUCUUUGUCGCUUCCGGUUGUCAGUUCCAGCUGUCUGCUGCAGUGGCCGGUAUAUUGGACCCAAUAUACUGACCACUGCGCUUCACCGGAGGCUCCCCAGCACUGAGGAUGUCACCUAGACAGGGGACGAAACGUCUGCAACACAAAUUCCCAGCUCGGCGAACAGAACCACAAUAAUCCCUAUCCUCUGCCAGUGAGCCACAUUCUAGUCAUAGAUACUAACAGGCAGGUCUGUCUUGCUGAAUUAAUUUAGGACAUGGGGAGGAAGACUAAAAGUACAGAAUUAUACCCAAUCAUCUGCCUGCUAGUCAGUCGCUGCUGAGCUCUCCUUGUGAUUACAGGCAGUUUCUUAUUUUGCUCAGGGCUGUUGUAGUUUUGAACAAACAGCUGGCUCUGGAUGCUGAGGUAAUGAGCUGUUUCAUGGUGGGAGUCCUGAGGAAAAAUUUGAAGCAGAAUUAAGGUUUUUUUUAAAUGAGUGGGGAGGUGUGAACUGAAAUGUAGCAAUAAUUGAGUUGUGCCACUAGAGGUCAGUGUAGAGCAACUCCAUUAAAACUCUCUCCUACUUCCAGCGUUGAACUACUGCCCUAGAAUAUACAGGGCAGAAAUGGGCCAUUCAGCCUAUCUGGUCCAUGAUAGCACUUUUAUGAUUUGUGUAGACCUUGUAUGUUUUAUCCUACUCCUCCAGCUCAUUUUGUUCCCACUCAUUGUUGUUUUCCCUUCAAAUCAUCAGUGAAAUCUCAAAUAUUCCUUGUCCUAGUGAGUACUGUGUCGAGUUUGAGGUAUCUCCUGAAUUCCCUGAUGGAUUUGUUAAUGACCUAUCUUAUUUAUCAUCUAGUUUUGAAUUUCCCAACAAUGGGAAGAAUCCUGUUAACCUUUUAUCAAACCCCCUCAUAAUCUUGAAGACCUCUCAAAUUAGCUUCUGCCUAAUGUAACAGCUAGGAGGGACAGUGAAGUUCUAAAAUAAAUUAAGUUUGUUGGCAUGUAUUUACAAAUAAAAAAAAAUAAUUAAU